UCACAGACCACUACCCAGGACUGGACAGUCAGCCGGUCGGUGGGAGCUAAAUUUGGGAGAGAGGUGAUCAGGUUCCCUGUCUGUGUGCACAUGAUACUGUCCUAGUUACUUGAGCAAUGUCCCCUCUCACACUGUCACACUCUCUCAUCGAGUUGAGACACACUCAGCGCUCCUGUUCUUCAGCGGUCAGACCAGCAGGUACUUGGUCACAUCUUCUGAAGUAAAGGACGUCUGUACGACAGACUCUAUUGGUUGGACUUCAAGUGUGUCUUGAGCGGACUGAAUUUUUUGGGCCUUGUGCUGCGGAGCUCCCGUUUAGUCUGUUGUUGCUGCUUAUUCUUCCGUCUCUCGACACCCCUGCUACUGCGGCUGGCAGGAGGAAGAGACCGCGGACCCCACCAUGUUUCUCGCACUAGUGGUGACGCCAGAGCUGAGGCAGUUCCUGGCCAGAGCCAGAGGAGGGGCAGUGCGCCUCAUCAAGGUGCGCAUCCAAGACGAGCAGCUGGUGCUCGGGGCCUACAGAGAGCCGGAAAAAAGCUGGGAGCAGGAUUAUAAUCGCUUUCUGCUUCCUCUCCUGGACGACGAGGAGCCCUGCUACAUCCUGUACCGCCUCGACUCCCAGAAUGCACAGGGCUAUGAGUGGAUCUUCAUUUCGUGGUCUCCGGAUCAGUCUCCAGUGAAACAGAAGAUGUUGUACGCUGCCACCCGAGCCACAGUGAAGAAAGAGUUCGGUGGAGGCCACGUGAAGUACGAGAUGUUUGGCACGGCCGAGGAGGACAUCUGUUUGAUGGGCUACCAACAUCAUGUGUCAUCCUGCUCCGGUCCGGCCCCGCUCACAUUAGCCGAGCAGGAGCUCCAGAGGAUCAAAAUCACUGAGGGUCGGGUUAAACAGGUGACGACAGAGAUGAGCGUGGAGACAAAGCACCAGACAAUCCAGGGCCUCGCUUUCCCUCUGCAGCAGACGGCCAAGAGAGCCCUUCAGCAACUUGCCCAAAAACACAUCAACUACAUACAACUGAGGUUGGACGUACAGAAGGAGAUAAUAGAGCUGGUCCAUUCCAACCCGACAGAGACCCGAGAUUUGCCCAGCAGAGUUCCCAAAGACACUCCCAGAUACCACUUCUUCCUCUACAAACACUCCCACGAAGGAGACUACCUGGAAUCUGUCGUGUUCAUAUACUCCAUGCCAGGGUACAGCUGCAGCAUCAAGGAACGAAUGCUAUACUCCAGCUGCAAGAGUCGACUACUAGAGGAAGUGGAGAAGGAUUACCAUUUGGAAAUUAUUAAAAAGUUGGAGAUUGAGAUCGGAGAUGAACUGACGGAGGAGUUCCUGUAUGACGAGGUCCACCCCAAGCAGCACGCCCACAAACAGGCCUUCGCUAAGCCCCGUGGUCCGGCAGGGAAAAGGGGACACAAGCGCCUCAUUAAGGGGACGGGAGGGAACAUGCAGAACAGCUAGAGGUAGUGGGACAACACCUCUCCUCCCGGUCGUGCCUGUAGUUCCAGCUCCGUCUUUAUUUCCCUAGACCCCACUCACUCUCACAGAGGAGUGAACACAUCGAUGGAUUUCCUCUGCCGUUUGUGUCCCGAAACACUUGUAAUAACAAAUAUGUUUUUAACGGAAAUGUGUUUUAAAUAAGAUGUCUCUCUUUGGGUUUCUGCUCCCCUCUCCCCUCUCCCUCACAUCUGAAGCUAACACUGUAAUAGGCGUGUGAGGCUACUGAAUUGUAAAUGCAUAGACGGACGUUUCAGUGCUAGUGCCUUGUCUCCAGGUGCAAGUUUUGUAACAACAAUGUUUGUAAGAAAAAUACAAUAUGAAAGGAAAUUCUAAAUAAAAUCAUGUUUAUAAUGUAGUAUUAAGGAAAUUCUAAAUAAAAUCAUGUUUAUAAUGUAGUAUUAAGGAAAUUCUAAAUAAAAUCUUGUUUAUAAUGUGGUAUUAGACCUUA